UCGUUGAUUUGUUUUUUGUAGGCAGUUGUUCUUUGUCAAGUUGAAAAAGCGAAGGAAGACAUGCUAACUCAGCUUUAUAGCUCCAUCAGUUCUCAAAGCAAUGCAAAGAUCGGAGAGCUGCUAAUGGAAGAUCAGAAUGUUAAGCGCAAGAGGGAACGCUAUCAGAAACAGUCCGCUCUCUUGUCAAAACUCACACGCCAGCUAGGUAUCCAUGACAAUCGAGCCUCUGCUGCCUCUAGCUGGUCCAAUGGUAACAGUGGAGCAGAGAGCAGCCCGAGAACUACAGGUGCAGCAUCAGGAGAUGACUGGAAAUCAGCCUUUGACGCUGCAGCAAAUGGAGACCAUGGUUCAUUUGGGAGAUCAAACUCCAAUGGUCACAGCAGGCGCUACAGUGAUCCUGCCCAAAAUGGUGACUCAAACUCCGGAUCAAACUCUGCUAGUCGGCGUACGCCAAACCGGUUGCCACCCCCACCGCCUGGUUCUUCAGGAUAUAGAUACUAGGAUAACUCACCAUUUGUUGACAGUUGAUCGUAUAUUAUAUUUUUGUACCCCAUUGUUCUAGGUGGAAAGUAUGG